GCGGCCUCGGCUGACGCGUGACGAAGCAACCAUACCAUUUCAUUUACUCUUCGUUUUCCACGCGACAUUUUAUCAUGCUAAUGAACCACUAAUUCGGCUUCACUAAAAUUCACUCUUUGCGUUGGAAGAGGGCGUUGAUGGGAAUUUGAUUACUUUGCACUAAAGAUUUGACUACAACAUGAGUGCCACAAGACUUGACCGAUUGGUCAUUCUUCUAGACACUGGUAGCACACAACUCAUUCGCAACACGGCUGCUACACAGCUUGCGGAUGUUCAAAAGAACCAUCCAGAUGAACUUUUCAACCUACUAACCAGAGUCGUUCCCUUCCUUCGCUCAUCCUCCUGGGACACGCGAACAGCAGCUGCAAAGGCUUUGGGUGGUAUCGUCGAGCAUGCACCAAAGUUCGAUCCCAAUGAAGACGAUGUCAAGAACGAGAACGGAGUCAAGGAAGAGCUCAAACAUGAGAAUGGACUGUCCACACCUCUAGUGUCCGAGGAUCAACUGCAACUCGCAACUCUGGACGUCGAAGCCAUCCUUACCAAUGGAAAAGAGCUGCUCGGAAGUGCCGGACGUCAAUACGACUUCAAGUUGGCUGGAAUGGACCCUGCUCAAAGGCUUGCACACCAAAAGAAGACUCUCACCAACCGACUCGGACUAGGUGGAGAGUACAUGGAAGAUGAACUCGUCACCGAAACAGACAUUGCCGUUCGCACCAGCUUCCCAACACCAGGCUUGCCGAGUGCAGAUUCAUCCAUCUCCCGGGCCAAUAGCGUGUCUGAAACUGCUGUCGUUUCUCCCAGCGAACAGCAAGCUGCUUCUGAGGCUAUGAGCAAGAGACAGCUAAACAUGCUCAAGCGACGCAGAAAGGAGGAGCUGAAACGCGACAACAAGAAGUUCAAAUACGACCUUACCAGCAUGAGACGCGAGAGCACUACGAUACCAACACCAGCCGAAUCGGAAACCAUUAUCAAAGACGAAAAGGCGGAGAGCACCGUUCCCGAUUAUUUCUCGCUUGAAAGAAAGGGUGGUGACGAUGAUGCAAAGGUGGUUUCGGAAUUCAAAGGUGCACCAGUGCCCGAAAAGUCCGCGUUCCAAACCGAAGUCGAGGAAGCCGGUAACGGAUGGCCCUUUGAGCGCCUAUGCGAGUUCCUUACCGUGGACAUGUUUGAUCCUGCUUGGGAGAUUCGUCACGGUGCUGCAAUGGGACUUCGAGAGAUCGUCCGUGUCCAUGGCGGUGGAGCUGGCCGUGUGCUAAACAAGUCCCAUUCUGAGAACGAACGACUCAACCAGGCAUGGCUCGAUGAUCUUGCUUGCCGCAUCUGCUGCGUGUUCAUGCUCGAUCGAUUUGCAGACUACGUCUCAGACAAUGCCAUUGCACCAAUCAGAGAGACCGCUGGCCAGACUCUGGGCGCACUCUUGCAAUAUUUACCUGCAUCCUCGGUACACGCUGUUAACCGCAUCCUCUACCGAUUGGUCAUGCAAAAAGACCUCAAAGUCAACAGACGCAUCUGGCAUGCUUGUCAUGGUGGUAUGAUUGGUAUGAGAUAUCUUGUGGCAGUCAGGAACGACUUGUUGCUCCAAGACAAUCUUUUGAUGGAUGGCGUUCUCGAGUGUGUUAUUAAAGGACUCGGAGACAGCGACGACGACGUCCGAGCGGUCAGCGCAGCCACAUUGAUUCCUGUUGCCAAAGAGUUUGUCAACAUGCGUCAUGCUGCACUCAACCAUCUUAUCAGCGUCGUUUGGGAAUGUCUGUCAAACCUGAGCGACGACCUCAGUGCCAGUACAGGAUCUGUCAUGGAUCUACUCGCAAAGCUUUGCAGCUUCCCCGAGGUUCUCGACGCUAUGAAGAAGAAUGCUGCAGAGAACCCAGAGCAAUCGUUUGCGGAGUUGGUACCUCGUUUGUAUCCCUUCUUGCGCCACACCAUCAGUACUGUGCGUUCUGCCGUUCUCCGCGCCCUCCUCACCUUUGUCAAUAUCGAUGGCGAAGACGCCAAGAGCUGGGUCGAUGGCAGAGCUCUGCGCCUCGUCUAUCAGAACCUGCUCGUGGAGCGCAAUGAAACUGUUCUCAAGUUGUCCCUCCAAGUCUGGUAUGCAUUGGUGGAUGUUCUGGCCAAGGACCCCAACAAGUUUGCCAAUGAAUUUGAGCCUCAUGUCUCGCCAUUGGUCGCUCUCACUCUGCAUCCCAUUGGUGUAUCCCGUCACCCCAUUCCAAUGGAUGCGACACUUUUCAUACGCCCAUCGGGUUUCAGCUAUGCUCCGCUAAGCAGUGCUACACGUAAAUCCUCACCCGUCAACGGAACUUCUGAACCUGCCAGAAAGAGAAGAAGAUCGGACAAGAAGGAGAAGGAUAUGCCACCACCAACCUCCUCAUCAGCCCACAACGUUGAUGGACACAUGAUGCAGGGCGAUGUCGAUCUUGUUGGAGCAGACAUUAUGAUCAGAUCCAGAACUCACGCAGCUCAAGCUCUUGCAAAGGCUUGUCAGGUCUGGCCGGCAGAGACGAGACGUGACAUGUUCUCUUCAAAGAUUUUACCAGGCCUCAAGUCCACUUUCUCAACCACACAACUCUUCACCGCCGUCUUCAUUGAGGAGUACGCCAAAACCUUGACCGCCAAGGACGAUCUUGUCUCUUCCUUCGCUGAAAAUCUCCGUCCACUGGUGGAAGAAGAUAGGCCUACCUGGUACAGUGAUCUCACCAGCUAUCUUCAGAUCGUACGUGCACAGUGCCAGAGUCUUCUCAACGCUUUCCGUGAGAAGGCACAUGUGCCUCCAGGCAAGCUUCCCACAAUCGCCGUCGUGGUUCAAGGAGAGCCAGAAGCCGGUAAGAGCGCCUUCUCGCUUGCCGAUGGAGAGCGCAUCGCAGUGCAAGACUAUGCAAGAUUGCACAAGACACUUUCACCUGCUCAGCGCGUCACUGCAACCGAAAUGCUGUCUAGCGCAAAGCAAGAUGUUGAUUCUGUCAUUGCCGAGGCAACCCUCAUCAAGAAACAACGCGAUGUCCGCAUUAAGUCCGCUGCGGCUGCUGCCAUUGUGGCGCUCAAGGAGAUUCCAAAGAAGCCUCAGGCCACCAUCAAAGCUCUCAUGGACAGUGUCAAGGAUGAAGAAAACUUCGAGCUUCAGAAACGCUCUGCAGCUGCCAUCACCAACUUGGUCGAUCAGUUGGUCGCCAGUGGUCGCAUGAAGGUUGUCGACAAGGUUGUUGGUAACUUGGUUAAGUUUUGUUGCAUGGAGACUGGAGAGACGCCAGAGUUCCAUCCGAACGCAGACAAAGAAUCUGGCAUUCUUUCGUUGCAAAAAGACGAAGACAUACAAGACCGACCAGAUGCUGCCACAUACGAAAAAGAGGUCCGCCAAGCUCGCAUCACAAGACGUGGUACCAAGGAUGCAUUGGAGCAACUCUGUAUCAAGUUCGGAAGUGAAUUGUUCGAAAAGGUUCCCAUGCUUCGUACUCUCAUCGAAGAUCCAAUUCGCAAUUGCUUUUCUGGAGAAUUACCUGCCAACAUCACGGAUCCAGAACAAAAUGUUGGUCAAGAAGUCGUGGAUGCCAUGUCUACGCUCCGCGCAUUGGUGCCAUCGUUCCACUCUGAUUUGCAUCAAUUCGUUCUCGACCUCAUGGGCCUCGUCGCCAGAGCUCUUCAGACACGACUUGCUGUUCUCCGGUACACUGCUGCCAAGUGCUUCGCAAGCAUGUGCAGUGUGAUUACUGUCAAGGGUUUCACCAUGCUAGUUGAACGAGUGUUACCACCAAUCAACAACCCAACCGACGUUCAUUGCAGACAGGGCGCUAUAGAGUGCAUCUACCAUCUCAUCCAAGUCAUGGAAGACCGCAUUCUGCCCUAUGUCAUCUUCCUCCUGGUCCCAGUACUUGGACGCAUGAGUGAUUCGGACAAUGGUGUACGUUUGAUUGCGACUACAGCAUUUGCUACAUUGGUCAAGCUGGUACCCCUCGAAGCCGGUAUUCCAGACCCACCGGGCCUCUCCGAAGAGCUCCUCAAGGGACGUGAAAAGGAACGCAAAUUCAUUGCGCAGAUGCUUGAUCCCAAAAAGGUCGAGUCGUUCGAGAUUCCAGUCGCAAUCAAGGCCGAUCUUCGUUCGUACCAACAGGAUGGUGUUAACUGGCUGGCGUUCCUCAAUCGCUACCAUCUCCAUGGAGUGCUCUGUGACGACAUGGGUCUCGGCAAGACAUUGCAAACAAUCUGCAUUGUGGCAAGUGACCACCACAUGCGCGCCGAGGAAUUUGCUAAGACUCAAGCACCCGACCAACGCAAGAUGCCCUCUUUGAUCGUUUGUCCCCCGACUCUUUCUGGACAUUGGCAGCAAGAGAUUCGUACAUAUGCACCCUUCCUCAACGCUGUCGCCUAUGUCGGACCACCCUCUGAGCGCAACAAACACCGCGCCAAACUCACCGAGGCCGACAUUGUCAUUACCUCAUAUGAUAUCUGCAGAAAUGAUGUCGAAGUCUUUGCACCUUACACUUGGAACUAUUGUGUCCUUGAUGAAGGCCAUCUCAUCAAGAACCCCAAAGCCAAGGUCACUCAAGCCGUCAAACGUAUUGCAAGCAACCAUCGUCUCAUCCUUUCUGGCACGCCUAUUCAAAACAACGUACUCGAACUUUGGUCACUCUUUGACUUCUUGAUGCCCGGCUUCCUUGGCACAGAAAAGAUGUUCCAAGAUCGCUUCGCCAAGCCCAUUGCAGCUUCACGUUUCAGCAAGUCUUCAUCCAAAGAACAAGAGGCUGGUGCAUUGGCCAUCGAAGCCUUGCACAAGCAAGUUCUGCCAUUCUUGUUACGUCGUCUCAAGGAAGAGGUGUUGGAUGAUUUACCGCCCAAGAUUCUGCAGAACUACUACUGCGAUUUGAGUGACUUGCAAAAGAAGCUCUUCGAAGACUUCACUCGCAAGGAGUCAAAGACGAUUGCGGAGAAGGCUGGCUCGGCCGACAAGGAGGCCAAGCAACAUAUCUUCCAAGCUCUGCAGUACAUGCGUAAACUUUGCAACUCGCCAGCUUUGGUAAUGAAAGAAAGCCACAAGCAAUACGCAUCCAUUCAAGCGCAGUUGGCGCGUCAAAACUCUAGUUUGACCGAUCCAGUUCACGCUCCCAAACUUACAGCUCUCAGGGAUCUUCUCGUUGACUGUGGUAUCGGUGUCGACUCUGCCGCGGCCGGUGAGGUACCCUCUGCAGAUCAAGCUGUCUCGCAGCACAGAGCUCUCAUCUUCUGUCAAAUGAAGGAGAUGCUCGAUAUGGUUGAAUCAACUGUCUUCAAGCGUAUGCUACCAUCGAUCACCUUUUCCCGACUUGACGGAAGUGUCGAGGCAUCCAAACGUCAAGACAUCGUUAACCGCUUCAACUCUGACCCAUCCAUCGAUUGCUUGUUGCUUACAACUAGUGUUGGUGGACUUGGUCUCAACUUGACUGGAGCAGACACCGUCAUCUUUGUUGAGCACGAUUGGAACCCUCAGAAGGAUCUCCAAGCCAUGGACCGUGCUCAUCGUAUCGGUCAGAAGAAGGUUGUCAAUGUUUAUCGACUCAUCACUAGAGGCACUCUCGAAGAGAAGAUUCUCAGCUUGCAGAGAUUCAAGAUCGAUGUGGCUAGCACCGUUGUCAAUCAGCAGAACGCUGGCUUGGGAAGCAUGCAGACAGAUCAAAUCCUGGACUUGUUCAACAUGGGCGACACAGAAGGCGCACCAUCACUUGAAGAUAAACCCAGAGAUCCCAAUUCGAUCGACGAAGCAGACGCCGUGGAUGCUGAAGGUAACGUGCGCGAGAAAGGCAAGAAGGGCAUUCUUGAUGAGCUCUCCGAGCUCUGGGAUGAAAAGCAGUACGAAGAGGAGUUCAACUUGGAUGGUUUCUUGUCGACCAUGAAGGCAUGAUCUUCCGCUUGAGGAGCAGCUUCCUAUUCUUAAUGAGGCAUGACUGGAAGGCAAUGGAAAAGGAAGGAAUAUCGGGGCGUUUCUUUGUACGAUUAGCAAAGGGAAGGAAGAGGGUCAAACGGGCGGUCGUCCUAAAUGGAGGGAAGGCAUAUUCGACCUUAGCUAGAGCGUCUUUCGACGCUUCCUUGACAACAUGAAAUAAAAGCAGUUUAUUACAAGAUUUGGUCGUACUUACCCG